CACCGCCCCGGCCUCGUUGCCUCCGCCCCCCUCCCAAACCCCACGCCUCAUUAACCCCACGCCGCCUCUCUCUCCUUCUCGUUCUCGUCUCGCGCUGCUCUCCUCUGCUCCCUGACGGCAGCCUCGCCAUGGCCUUCCACUCCUCAAUGCUCUCCUCCUCCCAACCCUCCUCCCAGUUCCACCUUCAACACCACCCGCGGCCGUCCCCGCGCCUCCCCCUCCUCCGCUCCCUCCCUCUCCACCUCCGCCUCCGCAUUGCCAGGCCCCGCCUCCCUCCCCUCCCCCUCGCUGCCCUCUCCAACACCGACAACAUCAUCAACGGCGGAGGCGGCGCCGGAGAUGACGGCGACAACAACAACAACAACGGAGGUGGCGGCGGCGAAGGAGAGGGUUCCGACGACGACGGCGGCGGCGGCGGCAACCGCGGGGAGGCGCUGUUCGUGCUAGCGCAGGCGGGGAGGAAGCUGGAGAGCCUGCCAUCGGACAUGGCCGCGGCCGUGCGGGGCGGCCGCGUCACGGGCGAGAUCGUGCGGCGCUUCGCGGAGCUGGAGGCGUCGUCGCCGCUCAUCCGCUGGCUGCUGCGGUUCCGGGGCUUCAGGGAACGGCUCCUCGCCGACGACCUCUUCCUCGCCAAGCUCGCCAUGGAGUGCGGCAUCGGCAUCAUCGCCAAGAGCGCGGCGGAGUACGAGAAGAGGAGGGAGAAUUUCGUCAAGGAGAUUGACGUCGUCGUUGCUGAUGUGGUCAUGGCAAUAGUGGCGGAUUUCAUGCUUGUCUAUCUUCCUGCACCAACUGUAUCCCUGCAGCCACCGCUUGCAAAAAAUGCUGGAAUUAUUGCUAAAUUUUUCCACAACUGCCCAGAUAAUGCUUUCCAAAUUGCAUUGGCUGGAAGAUCUUACUCAGUUCUGCAGAGGCUAGGAGCUAUUCUGAGAAAUGGUGCAAAGCUAUUUGCAGUGGGUACUGGUGCUUCUCUGGUUGGCACUGGUGUCACCAAUGCACUGAUCAAAGCAAGGAGGGCUGUUGACAAGGAUCUCGAUGACGAAGUUGAGGAUAUUCCAGUUGUAUCAACUAGUAUUGCCUAUGGUAUAUACAUGUCAGUUUCUAGUAAUCUCAGGUACCAGGUUCUGUCUGGUGUAAUCGAGCAGAGGAUGCUGGAGCCUGUACUACAUAACCACAAGCUACUGCUGAGUGCACUAUGCUUUGCCAUCCGAGGAGGGAACACAUUCUUGGGCUCUUUACUAUGGGUGGACUAUGCCAGGAUGAUCGGCGUUCAAAAGGCACAGGAAGAAAUCUAAAGUUCUUUUGUUAUUGACACUGCUGGGAUUUGGAAGUCGCUACCAUGUUCUGCAUGCACCCCGGAGCCUGUUCUUCUCUUUAUAGCUUUAGGAGAGGUUUCAUAUUUGUUCGUUUUCUUUCUUUCUGAAAGAGCAUAUAUCUGUCGAUUUACCCUGAACAUCAUUGUAUUGGUCUUCAUAUCUUGCAAUUUGCAAGCCCAUAUAUAUAGUAUAUAAAUUUGCCUCUUGAAGCA